AUGAAUAUAAAAGGAUUUGGCAUUAUCUGUUCCGAAGGCCAGCCAUUCGAACAGAUUUUGGAUUUUUUACAACCUUUUAUGGAAAGGCCUAAUAUUAAAAUUGAAUUUUUGAGGAUUGAAAAUACACCUAUUCCUGAGUUGUCAGUUUCUACUCUAGCUUCUCUACCAAUUCGUCACCUCAUUCUUCGCAACAACUCACUCUCUCAUUUUAAAGUUUUAUCUUCAAGAAGUACUGAACUUUCAAUUACCUCAACACUUUUUGAUAAUGUAGAACAAUUGGAAAUACAAAAUAAUGAAAUUGAAAAUAUUCUAGACUGUCCAGCUUUAACUUUAUUUACAAAUUUGCAAUCACUUUCCCUCGCUGGGAAUAAAAUAACUGAAAUAUUAGACAACACUUUUGCCUAUUAUAAUUCGCGCAAGACGCUUCAACAACUCGAUUUAAGCGAAAACCUUCUCUCCGACACUUCAAUUAAUUCCAAAGCUUUUGUUGGGCUAGAAUUUUUACAAAAACUUUUUCUAGACAAGAAUCAAUUAAACAAACUACCAACCAAAGCUAUAGCUAAAUUAUCUGAUUCUUUACAAGAAUUGUUUGCAAGUGCAAAUCAAAUUGAUAGUUUGGAACCUGGAGAUAUUCCACCUCUUCCGAGGCUAAAAAGUUUGGGGCUGGAUGUUAAUCAGGUAUAUAUAAGGAAUUAA